GUAAUCAAGUGAAGAAUGGGAGAGUUUGAUCUUCAUGAAGAGUUGGUGAAGAUGAAGCCAGCUCUGUGCAUGGCUUGUGUGCAAGUUGUGUUUGCAGGGAUUAACAUCUUGUACAAGCUUGCUGUCAAUGAUGGCAUGGACAUGAGGAUCAUGAUAACUUAUAGAUACAUCUUCGCCACUGCCUUCUUAUCUCCUCUUGCCUACUUCAUUGAGAGAAAGAAAAGGCCUGGAAUGACAUGGAUGACCUUGCUUUACUCCCUUCUCAGUGGGUUCUUUGGGGGUGCAUUGGCUCAGAACUUGUACAUAGCGAGCAUUAAACUUACUUCAGCAACCUUUGCCUCAGCAAUGACUAAUCUCAUCCCUGCAAUGACAUUCAUAUUAGCAAUCAUUUUCAGGUAUAGAACAUGUCAGGGACAAGCAAAGGUAUUGGGAACAUUGAUAGGGAUAGGAGGUGCUAUGCUUCUGACCUUCUAUAAAGGAGUGAAGAUAAAUAUUUGGCCCAAAAGCUUCAACAUCAUGAAAGCUCAUCAAGGAAAAAGCCAUGCAAUCCCUCAUCAAGACCAAGAUAAUUUAGUCAAAGGCUUAAUGCUGGCUUUUGCCAGUUGUAUUUCUUAUUCCAUUUGGUUGAUAAUUCAGGCCAAGGCUACCAAACUGUUUCCCUGUCAGUACUCUCUCACUGCUCUCAUGUGUUUAAUGGCUGCCGUGCAAUCUGCUUGCUUUGCCCUUGCUAUGGAUCCUGCAUGGGUGCAAUGGAGAAUGGAGUUCAACGUCCGACUUCUUACUGUUGUCUAUUCGGGAAUACUUGCAUCUGGAUUGAGUGUCACAGUAAUGGCAUGGUGCAUAAGAAAGAAGGGGCCUUUAUAUACCUCUGUUUUCAAUCCACUCAUGCUUGUCAUUGUGGCUCUACUAGGUUCACUACUUCUUGAUGAAAAACUUCACCUUGGAAGUGUGCUUGGAGCUGUGUUGAUUGUGCUUGGGCUAUACAUUGUGUUAUGGGGGAAGGGAAGAGAGGCAGCUAAAAUCACAGAGGCCUCUUCAACUGAUCAUGAUUCUAUACAUGUUAUAGUGCAUGAGUGUAAAACAGCACAAGAAAGUUCUUUUAGGAGAAUUUCAUGA